AUGACGUCUCGAAAAACACAACAAGAGAUCGAGAAGACCUUCAAGAAGGUAUCCGAAGGGAUACAGGUCUUUGAGAGCAUCUACAGCAAGGUGAAGCAAGCUACGAAUCCCACCCAACGCGAUAAGCUCGAAGAGAAUCUCAAGCGCGAAAUCAAGAAGCUUCAAAGAUCCCGCGAUCAAAUCAAAUCAUGGGCGUCCGGCAAUGAAGUGAAGGAUAAGGGCCCAUUGCUUGAGCAGCGAAAGGCGAUUGAGACAUGUAUGGAGCAAUUCAAGGCCGUGGAGAAGGAGAUGAAGACGAAAGCCUACUCCAAAGAAGGCCUAUCCGCCGCGUCAAGACUCGACCCAAAAGAAAAGGAAAAAGUGGAAGCCAGCGACUUCUUGUCUAAUAUGGUAGACGAGUUGCAACAACGCAUCGAGGCCAUGGAAGCCGAGGAAGAAGUAUUGCAGGCACAAUUGAAAAAGGGCAAGAAAGAUUUGAAGAAGGCAGAUCGCAUGGCCGAUAUUUCGCACUUGACAGAGCGUCAUAAGUGGCAUGUCAACAAGCUCGAGUUCCUCAAUCGAUCGUUGCAAAACGGCAAUUUGGAGGUUGGCGCCGUACAAGAUUUGAAGGAGAGCAUCAAGUACUACGUUGACGAAGGGCACAACGUAGACUACUCCGGAGAGGAUGAGACGCUCUAUGACGACUUGAAUAUCGGUGAAGAUGUCGAGGCCCAGUUCGGCAUCGGCGCAGAAAACGAUCAAGGGUCUUCACAGGACGCUCAGUCUGUUCAAGAUGACGAGCCAGAACCCAAACCCAAGCCGAAGACGGAACCGACGAUGACACGACGCCCGUCAACGCAAAUGAAAUCCCCGCUCCCUGUUCUCGCUACUCUUCAUCCGUCCGUGUCUGCCAGUACGACACCGAGCAUGAAGCCUGCGCCGCUUCCCACCCGACUCCCCGGUGAAACACUCAAGUAUGCCUCGGCCGCGGCCGCUGCAGCCGCGAGCGACAAGAGUGGAGUGGGUAUCUUACCUCUGCCACCGCCUCCCGGUACUAGUCCGGCCUUUUCGGCCGCUCUUCCCGUGUCCAGGGCUUCCUCGACUGCUUCGCCUAUUGUGUCUUCCGUAAAUCCUGUUGCCAAGAGUGCCACGGCUGCGGCUGCGGCUGCGUCAUCUGAUGAGGUUGUUGUGGGGCGAUCGAAAACCCCGGCCGGUAUGGCUUCUGGGACAGUGUCACCUGUGCCCUCCAAGGCAGAGGUCGCCAAAGAGACACCGACGACAAAUGGCAAGGCACCAAGAGAUGGCGAGAGCGAAGAGGCGAUAUUCCAUCUGCCUCCCGGGUUGCAAGAUUUGAUUCAAUCAUUCGACGUGACGAAGGAACGGGCAGGGACGAAUCCCUCGCCAGCAAUCCAACGCCUUCUUGCAAGCUCGCUCACGACAUGUCCGGAGCCCGGUGAUGCUGAGAAGCCCCGUCAUUACAAGCCUCAGAAUCCUUUCAACACACCCCUCUACUACCCCCAAGAGCCCUUAUCUAUCUUCGAUGACCCCCGACUGUACGAUACUGGCCGGAUUGACACCGAUACGCUGUUCUACCUCUUUUACUAUCGCCAAGGGUCAUAUCAACAAUAUCUGGCCGCGAAGGCUCUUAAGAACCAAAGUUGGCGCUUCCACAAGCAGUACCAAACAUGGUUCCAGCGACACGAGGAGCCGAAGAACAUCACGGAGGAGUUUGAACAAGGCACCUAUCGGUUCUUCGACUAUGAAAGUACAUGGAUGAACCGGCGCAAGGCUGAUUUCAAAUUUGUGUACAAAUACCUUGAGGACGAGUUAUAA